UCGGGAACUAAAGUCAUUCAAACCCGAUAUUACGGACUCGAGAAAGUGAAAGCAGUGGUCAUACGGACCAGUUUCCAGACGGCCAAAGGCGAAUUGAUCAGGUCCAUUUUGUUCCCCAAACCUGUGGACUUUAAAUUCAAUCGACAUGUCAUUCAAUUCGUUUAUAUUAUGCUUUGUAUCGCAAUUUCUGGCUUUAUAUACACUUUUGUUAUUAAAAUCAAGCGCAAGGACGCCGUCGGAGAUAUCUUUAUCAAAGCCCUCGAUCUCAUCACAAUUGCGGUUCCGCCCGAACUCCCGGCCGCUCUGACGGUCGCCAAUCUCUUUGUGGACCAGAGACUAAGAGCUGCCCAAAUAUACUGCAUGUCUCCCAAAUCGAUCAAUAUGUCCGGUUGUGUGGACUGUAUUUGUUUCGACAAAACCGGAACACUUACCGAAGAUGAGCUCAGUUUGGCCGAAAUGUUGCCCACAAACCUAACGAACAAACAUUUCUCGGAACCAAUUACUCGAGUAGACGAACAAGAAGUGUCUCCACUAUUGAAAUGUUUAGCGAGUUGUCAUUCGUUGACAAUAUUGGACUCCAAUAUAAUCGGCGAUCCGUUGGAUAUAAUAAUGUUUGAGUCGACGAAAUGGACGUUAGAAGAGCCAGAAGUGAAUGACUCAAACAAAUUUGAUUUAUUGGCGCCGACUAUUGUGAAGCCAUCGAUCGAUUCGAGGAAAGUGGGGCCAGAGGUCGGUAUUUUACGUCAGUUCCCCUUCUCGUCCAAUUUGAGCCGAAUGUGUGUCAUUACCAGAGUUUUGGGCGAACACUCCUUUGAGGUCUACGUUAAGGGCGCUCCCGAAGUUGUGGCCACACUUUGCGACCCAAAUACUAUUCCCAAAGACUUUGACCGCCGAUUGACUUUUUAUACGGAAAAAAGUUUUCGUGUCUUAGGUCUGGCCUAUAGACCACUGGAAGGCAUGAAUUACAAGAGUGUCCAAAGGGCUCAACGCGAAGAAUUUGAAGUCGAUCUCAUUUUCUUGGGAUUUGUUGUCAUGAAAAACAAUCUAAAGGAUAAAACCGUAGAAACUAUCGACACUUUAAAUAAAGCUAAUAUAAGGACACUUAUGGCAACUGGAGAUAAUUUAAUGACAGCCCUAUCGGUGGCACAAGAAUGUCAUUUAAUCGGGAAAAACGAUUCAAUUAUUAUAAUAGAUAGCUAUACAGACAGCGAAGGGGUGCCUAAACUUGAGUGCAAAUACAGAAAAACUAUUCACGAAAUAAACGAAUCGCCAAAAGAUGUGUCAAAAAGUAUUAAUUUAGACAUUGAGAAGAAGUCGGGUUUGGCUCUAACGGGACAGACAUUUAAGAUAAUACAGGAAUACUAUUCAGACCUUUUGCCAAAACUAAUUGUUUGCGGCGCUGUCUUCGCCAGAAUGUCGCCCGAAAACAAACAACAGCUCAUCGAAUGCCUACAGAAAUAUGGAUACAUCGUCUCAAUGACAGGUAAUUCUUGUUGCGACGGCGCUAAUGAUGUCGGAGCUCUUAAAGCGUCCAAUUGUGGCAUUAGUUUAACGGAAACCGAGGCUUCUGUGGCCUCGCCUUUCACUUCCAAGAUUCCCAAUAUAUCUUGUGUUACGCUUUUGUUACGGGAAGGCAGGGCUGCGUUGGUCUCCGUGUUUGGUGUAAUCAAAUAUAUGGCCUGUUAUAACAUCACGGCUGCGUUGGUCUCCGUGUUUGGUGUAAUCAAAUAUAUGGCCUGUUAUAACAUCACGUCUUUCAUCGCUGUUCUUAUCCUUUAUUGGUUCGAGUCCAAUAUAACAGAUAUCCAGAACUUAUACCAAGACAUGUGUAUUAUAUCUCUUUAUGUAAUUCUAUUUAGCCGAACGCCAGCCUAUGAGCACCUGUCACCCCGAAAGCCGCCGACCAGUCUUAUCAGUCUCUCUCAAUUGACAUCAAUCAUAUCCCAUCUGCUUCUUGUGCUUAUAUUUCAGGUGAUAGCAAUUUUACUACUGAAGCAACAAUCGUGGUAUCGCAUCCACAUUCCUCAUGAGGUCAUCGAUUAUCAAUCGCAUAUCAAUUAUGCCGUUUUUAUCGUUCAAGUCUUUCAAUACAUAACACUAGCGAUUGUCUUCUCAAAGGGUCGUCCCUAUAGAAAGCCGUUUUACACUAAUAAAUGGUUUACGGGGGCUCUCAUUGUGACUAUAAUAUUAACGGUAUGGAUAAGUGUAGCGCCGGACAGACCUACCAAUUGGAUCGCAGAGUUCUUUGAAGAAUACAUUAUCGGAAAACUAAUUACAGAGAAAUUGAUUGGUUUAACGAAAGAGACUAAAUAUGAAAAGAUUAAGAAUCACUGUCACGACAGCGAUUGGAUCAGUUCUAAGUGAUUAUCGGAUAUAAAUUUAACGCAUUUAGUGUUUAACAACAGUUUUGAUAAUUUUAUUGGCC